UACUUUUUAUUACAAUAUUAUUAUUACUCAACUAUCGACACGUAAGAACGAUUCAUUCAAACGUCAAACUACUUCCUUUUUUAUCAGGACACACGAAACGGAAAGAAAAUGAUCUGAAGAAUCGUCCUAACUAACAUUUAUUAUUAUAACUCGAGCGUUAUCUUAAAAAAAUGAUUUAGAUAGAUCUAGAAGAAGAAUUUUAAAUACGAACAUUUCGCGAUCUUCCUAGUAUUUUUAUUAUCCCUUCUAAACGAUCGACGCAUAAAGGAAAAAGAAGAAAGAAUGAUCUAUGGAUCCUUCUAUUAAAAAAAUAAAAAAAAUAUAAAAAAAAAGAAAAGAAAAGAAAAAACAGAGAAAGAGAAAUAAACAAAACAAAACAAAAAACGAACGAAACUAAAAAACUCACUCGAUGUAAGGGACUUAACUCGAAAGAAAAAAAGGAAAAAGAAAAAGAGAAAGAAUGAACGAAGAGAAAAGGAAUGAAAAAAGAGAAAAAGAAAAGAAGAAAAGAAAGAAAAGAAGAGAGUGUACAGAAGAGACAGAGAAGCACGUUGGUGGUACGAGUGCAGUGGCCUGGAGUGUCUUGGGGGGUUGGUUUAGAGGGGAAGAGAAGGAAGGGGUUGUGGAUCGAUAUAGUUACGGGGGUGUCGUCCGGCUUCCUCUAUACUGUACGCCGCCUUGCGGUAGAAUCGUGAACCUCAAACGACACCCAGCCAGUGUAUAUGAUGUAUCAAGCGACCCUCGUCAGGAAGAACGAGAUCCACGUUGCCUGGUGGUGGUGUUGGUGGUGGAGCUGGUGCUGGUGCUGGUACUGGUGCUGGUGUUGGUGCUGGUGCUGGUGCUGGUGCUAUUGCUAUUGCUGGUGCUGGAGUUUGUGUUGGUGUUGGUGGUGGUUGUGUUGGUGGUGGUAGCAACGAGCCGGCACUGAUCUCAGAGCUCGUGUCUUGUCUCAGUCAGUCAGUACGCGGAGAAACAGCCAUCUGAUCGGUUGACCAAUUUGAUCGUUGAUUCUUUGCUAACGUCUCGUUACGCAUUAUACCAACCGAACACUGAAUUUGUUUAGUUUGAACUUUCGGUGCUAAUUCGUUCUAACAUUCGACAUUCGUUUCGUCAAUCUUUUCCUCGUUUUUCUUUUUCUUUUUCUUUUUCUUCUCCUUUUCCCAUGCCUCUCUUCUUUCCUCUCUCAAUAAGAAGUUUAGUCUUUGAAUAAGAUUGUUGAUAAGAUUAAUUAUUAAAUAAAAUUUCACGCAGCAGCAUAUACGAAAAUAAUGGUAACGAAAAGGUGGACUAUGAAAAUAAAAAGCAAUUUUUAAUUUAACAAUCCAAGUGUCGUUUUGGAUGGCUUGCAAAAGAAAACGGAAAAAGUCGAAGAAGCAAAGUGUUUAAAGGAAAGGAAAAGGGAAAACAAAUAAAUAUUUAUCGUCGGCGAAUAAUCACGUCGGAAUGACGUAGCACCGAUAAAAAGAGUUCGUAAAAGAAUCGAAAUCGGAGAAGAAUUCGUUAUUGUAAAUUGCAACGAACAAGAAAUAAAAAAAGAAAACGCAAUGCGGUAGCAUGCGUAGAAUUUGAAAUUUUUUGUCGUCGCGUUUUAGUUUCGGUUUUCUUUUUUUUUCUUUUCAUUUUUUCUUUCUUCUUUUCUUUCUUCCUUUCGUUCUUUCUUUCGUCCAUUCUUUCUUUCUUUUUACAUUUUCUUUCUUCUUCAAACGAACGAGUGACGACGAGAGGAAAAUUAUCGAAGCCUCGUCGAUUACGUUGGCGAUGAUCGGAUACAAUCAGCACAAUUCAGGCUACAACAAGCUGUUCACUCAGGGCUCGGCGGACUCGAACUACUCACAGCCGAGCUCGGAUCUCUCGCUGGACGAGGAGAAGGAGAACUUACGACGUGAGAAAGAGAGGCAGGCCCUUAAUCAACUAGAAAAAGCCAGGACGAAACCGGUAGCGUUCGCAGUGCGGACAAACGUGAGCUAUGACGGAUCCGCCGACGAUGAUUCGCCUGUCCAUGGCUCGGCUGUUAGCUUCGAGGUCCGAGAAUUUUUGCACAUCAAGGAAAAAUAUGACAACAACUGGUGGAUCGGGAGGCUCGUGAAAGAAAAUUGUGACGUCGGUUUUAUACCAUCCCCAGUGAAAUUAGAGGCACUGAGAUUGCAGGCUAGCGCAGCACGUGGUACAAAAGGUCUCUAUUCAGCACGAGGAGGGUCUUCAGGGAACCUUGGCGAGAGUGGUAUGCCUUCACGUGGUUCCACGCCACCUACACCAGGUGACGAUAACGACAGCGUUGGAAACGUAAGACCAGGAAAAGCAACCUUGACAACACCUCCAGCCAAAGAAAAACGAAAGAAUUUCUUCAAGAAGCCGGAGACAACGACACCUUACGACGUUGUACCUUCUAUGAGGCCUGUUGUCCUCGUUGGACCAUCUCUGAAGGGCUACCAGGUGACGGACAUGAUGCAGAAGGCACUUUUCGACUUCUUGAAGCAUCGAUUCGAAGGAAGGAUUAUUAUAACAAGGGUGAUGGCCGAUAUCUCAUUAGCAAAAAGAUCAUUACUUAACAAUCCCACCAAAAGAGCGAUCAUGGAGAGAUCGACGAGUAGAAGUAGUUGUUUGGCAGAGGUUCAAACAGAGAUCGAGAGGAUCUUCGAGCUGGCGAGGACACUUCAGUUGGUAGUCUUGGAUUGUGACACGAUCAAUCAUCCAUCGCAAUUAGCGAAAACCAGUUUGGCACCUACAAUCGUAUAUUUGAAGAUCUCGUCGCCCAAGGUUUUGCAAAGGUUGAUCAAAACCCGUGGAAAAUCUCAGAUCAGGCAUUUAAACGUCCAAAUGGUGGCGGCAGAAAAAUUGGCGCAAUGUCCGCCGGAAAUGUUCGACGUAAUCCUCGAUGAAAAUCAAUUGGAGGAUGCUUGUGAGCAUGUAGCCGAAUAUCUCGAAGCUUAUUGGAGAGCUACCCAUCCUCCGGUAAUUGCAGCGGUACCACGUGCAAUGCCGGCACCUGAUGCACCAGUCGACGCGUUAACUCCUCGCGUAACACCAGGUGCCCAUCACGAGAGUUACUACGGCCACGAGCCAAGAGGUUCGUAUAGUGGCAGCGGACACAUGAGUGGUGGCACGAGAAGAUCACGUUUGGAAAGGAUGGAUCGUGAUCGUCUGGAUCGUGGAGAACAUGAUUAUGGUACCGAAGAGGAAUCAUACGUGGCUGAUUAUGGGAGUGCGUCGAGACGUCGCCAACAGCAAGAUUCGCGCGCUCUUAACGCCAUUUAGGAGCUGGGGCCCCGGGGCCUGUCGCUACAGCGCUGUCCCUACCUGCGCACCACCGCCCUUUAGUGUGUGGGGUCGCAAACAACCCCUUGCGCUAAAAAAAAAUAAAAGAAGAAAAAAAUAUACAACAACAACUCUUUACAAGCUAACCGAACGUCCGAAGCACGCGGGGAGCGAGCCGAGUCUCUCUCUCUCUCUCUCUCUCUCUCUCUCUCUCUGUAUCUAUCUAUCUAUUUCUCUCUCUUUCUCUCUCUAUCUAUCUAUUUAUCUAUCCAUCUAUCUAUCUCUGUCACUGGGGGCUGUCAACGAUUUUCCUCUUUCAUCCAACAAGAUCAGGAAACUACUGUACGCAUAAAGGCAGACGAAUUUAACACGUACAUACAGACAUACAUACAUACAUAUGUGCAUACGUACAUACAUAUAUACACGAAUUAAAAUAUGCAAAUAUAUAUAUAUAUGUUUGUACAUGUGAUUGAUCAAUAAUUUAAUUACAAUAAAAUGAAAUUUAUUGAAUCAAUUCAAUAUCUGAAAAUUCUCUUUAAAAAUGUUAUGAUAAUUGAAUUGGUUCAUAAAUAUAUAUAUGUAUGUAACAUUUUAUUGUAAUUAUAUAGAUAUGCAUAUAUAUAUAUAUAUAUAUACCAAUGAUGCACCUCGCCGAUAUAUAAAUAGUUACAAUACAUACGUCUCAAGUAUGAGUUGAAAUGAAGAUAAACAUCGUAUGUACAUAUACAUAUAUAUAUUUAUAUAUAUAUAUAUAUAUAUAUAUAUAUAUAUAUAUAUAUAUAUCUUCUUAAACGGAUGAUCAUUCCACGGCUCACUUACAACCCCUCCCCUCAUUCGAUAAGAAUAAUCGAUCUGUACAUUGUAUAUCGAUAUCAUCGUCGAAAGACUCGUGUAUUUGUAUUUCAUCCGAAGUCAUCCGAUCGAGAUCGAAUCGAGAUAUUUCUUUCUAAUCAUCGUUUCUAUUAUUAGAACAAUUCUACGAAGGAUAAGUUGAAUGGAUUUAGACUUGAAAUUUCUCGAGUUGUCUCCGAUAAUAAUUUCUAUUUCGAAACUUGAAUGCACAUACUCUAUCUCUCUUUAAUAUACAUAGAAUCAUGUUCGCACAUCUUAUAUUUAUAUACAUAUAUAUACCCACGAAAGAGAUAGCCCUCUUUAUUUAUUUAUUUAUUUAUUUAUUUAUUUAUUUAUUUAUUUUUAGUUUCUUUUUUCUUUCUUUUUUUUGGAAACAUUUUUUUUCAAUCGAUCGAUCGAUAAGAUUUAUCCUUUUGCACUUUAUCGAUCUACCUAUCUAUCUAUUUGUCUAUCUAUCGAUCUUUCUAUCUAUCUAUCUAUCUAUCUAUCUAUCUAUCUAUCUAUCGAUCGUGGCCAUAUUGGCUUAAUUGCGUUCUGGUAAUAGCACAGUCCCUUUCACAGGCUCGGUCGUUCAGUGUGCACGCUAUAUAACAAAACCUUAAUGCGACCCUCACCUAUUUAUCUAUCAUGCUACCGGGGCCACAUUUCUUCCUAGUAUGCGAUUUUCGAUCGUCGUUAAAGCCCGAAAUGAGUUAAUUUAACACGGUCUUUCUUCUUCUUCUUACGAAAACUUGAUUAUACCUAGCUAUAUGGCUUUUCCUUUUAAUUUAAUAUUUCCUUUCACGUGCAUAUAAAAAUAUAUAUAUUUAUUAGAUUGAUGCAGGAAUAAUUAUAGUUUUUACCUAUCGAAUAUAUGGUAAAAACAGCAAUUAUUUUCCAACCAUUCUAAUAUAUAUAUAUAAUUAAUGAAAACUAAAAAUAAGUAUAUACAUGUGUGUGUGUAUCCAUAUAUAUGUACGUGUUUAGUUUUCGACAAUUAUGUGAUUUUUAUGACUGAUAAUUAAUUGAUCUAAUUAUUUUAUUUAUCCAUUUACAUUUUUUCCUUUUUCUCGCACAAAAAUUUGUUUUAUUUGAUUAAUUUCCGUAUAGCUAGGAUCAAUUGUAGUCUCUAAUUCUAUAGAAGAAUUUAGUAACACGAGCUAAUCGAGAUCGAAAGAUAUUCGCUUCUUCAUUCUCGAAAUGAUCUCGAUCUCGUACGACGUACUAUGACUUGAUAACGUCGUACAAAACGUGAUUUCUUCUACUAAUUAGAAUCUAAUAACGUAUGUCGAAGAGGUUGACCGAUACGACGAUGAUCAUCGACCAAAAGAACACGCACGCACACAAGCGAUUAAACACGAAUGAAACAACAUUAUUACCUUUGUGUAUAUAGUAUACAUACCUCUUAAAAUAUAUAUGUAUAUAUAUGUGUGUGUGUGUGUAUAUAUUAUAUAUAUACAUAUAUAUAUACAUAUAUAAUUAUGUGAAAAUAUGGUGAAAUACUUUCAUCUAAUUCACUCGAUAAAAAAAAGAUCGAAGUUAUUCCAAUAAAUGAUGAUAUAUCAUUUUCUCUAGAGCGAAUAUAAAUAUAUAUAUGUAUGUGUGUAUAUAUAUAUAUGUGUGUAUAUAUAUAUAUACAUACAUAUGUAAAAGAGGAAUAUUAAUGAUAAAAAAAGAUCAAGUACGAUAGUAUUGUAAAUACUUGUAAGAAGCCUUUAAGAAGAAAAGAAAAGAAAAAAAAGAAAAUUAUUAAUAAUAAUAAAAAAUAAUAAAUAAUAACAAUAAUAAAUAAUAAUAAUAAUAUUAAUAAAUAAUAAUAAUAAUAAUAAUACGUAUCCUUCGAUAUUGUCGAUAUUCGAAGUGAGAUUUACAAACUAAGAGAAAUAUUUGUAAUUAAAUCUUUACUUGUUUUUUAUAUAUUUAAAAAUAGCGCUGAAAUAUUUAAUAUAUUUGAUAUGUGCGAGGAUAUCUUUGUGAUCUUGCACAUUAAAAAAAAAAAAAAACUACGUCUUAUAAUAUAGAUCAAUGAUCCUUUUAAUACGUGCUUGGUACGUAUACUGUUUUGAUUGCAGUUACUAUUACACGUGAAUACACACAUGUAGAUCGAUACGUACAUAUACAUACACAACAUACAUACAUAUAUACAUAAAUACAUACAUACAUACAUACAUACAUACAGAUAUACAUAUAUACAUACAUAUACACUUACGAACAUGAAGAAGCAAGUAGCAAUUUACGAAAGUACAUACAUACAUAUGUUUCUUGCAUAGAACGUUAUUUGAACGUUCCAAGUACAAUUGUUUGCGAUACAUACGAUAAUUAAUUAAUUAAUUAAUUAUAUCAUUAAUUAAUUAAUAUUCGUCGAUAUAUGAAGGAGAAAGGAGGGAUCUUGUUAUUAUAAAUGUAAUAGAGAUCGAAUUUAUUGAAAUAAUCGUGUAUAAUGCUCGUCUCUGUCAAGAGCAUUAUAAUGAACGAUGUAAUAUAUUUCAUCGCGUUAGAAAUUAAAUAUUACUCUCGAUAUAUAUAUAUAUAUAUGUAUAUAUAAAUAUAAAUAUAUAUAUAUAUAUAUAUUUCCGUCUCGAUCGAUAUAUUAUUUAUGUUCGAACGCGCUCGUUCGCGCGCUUUUCUUCUCGAACCUGAUAAAAAAAAGAAAAGAAAAAGAAUUAUAUAGAAAAGAUCGAGAAAAUUGUUGUUUUUCUUUUUCUUUUUAUAUUUUGUUUUCUCUCUCUCUCUCUCUCUCUCUCUCUCUCUCUCUCUCUCUCUCUCUCUCUCUCUUUCUAAUAGAGGUAAAAUGUAAUAGAGAUAAAAAGAAUACUCUGAAAGAAAGAAAAAAUAAAAGAAAAUGAGCUUUUGUCUUUUUUCAGAGAAAAUUUUAUUGUCAUUGUAAGAUGUUAAAAAGAUUUAUGCGCGCUCGCUUUUAAGUUAGCGCAAAAUAUUCAUUUUUGUUACGGGAUUGCAAGCUACAUAUAUAUAUAUAUAUAUAUAUAUAUAUAUAUAUAUAUAUAUAUAUGUAUGUAUGUAUAUAUAUAUAUUUACUUGACUUUAUCAGUCUGAUUAUACAUGAAGUUUAAAAAAAACUUCUUUCACGAGUAGUUUGCAAUCAACAACUUUGUUGUAGCGAGAUGCACUUUCGCAUAUACACGAAUUAUCCAUACAGACAGAUACACAUACAUACACUCAACAUGCAUAUACAUAAACUUUGUAUUGUAAAUCUCUGAGAAAGAGAGAAAUUUAAUUGUCGACAAGAUUUUCAACAAAUUCUAUAUUUCUUUUUUUAAGAAUGAUAUUUUGUAUAUUUAGCGAAGCGAGAACAUAUGUGAUGGUACGAAUGAUAAUUUGUUCAUUUAUUUAUAUAUCUAUAUAUAUACAUAUAUAUUUUUGUUCUGUAGAGUGAGAGAACGAAAGAGUGAUGCG